UCCUUCUCUCCUAUUGCCAUUCACCCCCCAGACCAAAUCAAGACAACCUCUGUAACCGCCUCUGCUAACGUCAGCCGACGGUGUCCGUCGCAUGCUUCUUGUUGCUGCCACCUGAGAUAGACAUCCAGAAAUCGGGGCUCCGAACUCGAAUCCUCAACGCCAUCCCCAGGUACCACUAAGUUGUUGAUUAAGAGAAUGCAAGAAUGAGUUGAGGUUUCAGGAUCUUAGUAUGGGCCCUCACUUAGAGCAGAAAGGGGAGACCAAAACAAGGAUGGAUAUUUCUGAUACUAGGGAGAAUGGGACAAUACCUCAAGAUCCAGAAGAUAAGACUAUGCUAUGUGCUAGUAAUUUUGAAGAUCACAGCUUUGAUGUAGAAGCUAUAAUUGAUAAUGUUCCUGGUGGAAGAGAGGAUAAGGAGCUUGAUAUAAUUGGCUGUACAAGUUCUGGUGAUCCUGGGAUAGUUGAGGCUGAAUGCCAGGAUGCAACCGAGAACUCUAGUUCAUUUGAUGACACAGUAUCUGGCCCAGAGAAUGGUUUAGUUACAAGUGAUCAUGAAGUUGAGUCGCCAUUUGAUGACACAUUGCCAUUUGAAGGAUAUGAUGGAGUUCUUAGGAUGAGGAAGAGAAGGUUGACAGAUCAUUGGAGGAGAUUCAUACGUCCUCUGAUGUGGCGAUGCAAAUGGAUAGAACUGCGAGUUAAGGAAUUUCAAUCUCAGGCAUUAAAAUAUGAUAAAGAACUUGCAGAGUAUGAUCAACAAAAACAGUCCGAGUUUGAAAAGUUUGCAAUAGAUGGAGUAGACACAAGAUCACAACCAUUUUCUGGCGAAAGACAAAAAAUUAUGAAGAGGAAAAAAAGAAAAAGGAUUGAAGAAACUACUGAUAUUGCGUCGUAUAUGUCACACCACAAUAUGUUUUCCUAUUAUGAAUCUAGAAAGUCUGCUGCUGAUGGUGCUGUAGUUGAUGAUAUUUGCGGUAAAGCAGUGAUGAUUUCUACAGAUCAUAAGACUAUCAAUGGAAAUGAUGAGAUUGGUGUUAAUCAUCAUGGAUCGCUUCUUGAAUUCAAAGAUUGUGAUAGUUACUUGGAUCAGAUCCUUUGGAAGAUUGAAAUGGCACAGUCAGAAACUCGUAAACUGAAGAGCCGAGUGGAUAAGGUGUUGAGUGAAUAUCCUGGAAAGUUCUCUUCCGUUAAUAAAUUGAGCUGGUUUGCACCAUGUGAUGCAUUGACCAGUUCUGAUCAAAAUCCUGCAUCUCCUCCCAAAAAUGGAGACAGAAUGCCGGUUACAUCUCUUUAUACCUCAUCCCAGCAUGUAUCUGAGGGUAACGUUGGAGAUAUUUUGAUGCCCGAAAGUGCAGUUUCAAGUCAUGGAGAGGUGACCCCUCUUCCUGAUAUGAUGAUCCGAAAUACAGGACAAGGUUUUGCAGGGGCUUCAUCUGAAGCUCAGGCUGAGGAAGGAAUUCCGUUACAUCAUCAGGCAACGAAGGAAGAUUUGCACAAUUUUGAAAGAGUUAUCAAUCAGCUUACUGUGAAGCCACAAGAAUCAAUGGAAAUACUGACUGUUUCUCCACCUUCUCGGUCUAGGGUUCCCACUAAGAAGAGGAAACAGGGAAAGCGGAAAUCAGGCCCAUGGAGACGGAAAUCCUCAGGUUAGCCGGAUAAGGGUGUUUGAAGAAAAUGGUUUUCCCCCCAGAAGUAGAAUAAUCAAUGCUGUGAAUUAUAUGUACAUGCUGUUAAUUCUGAUCCACAUUUUCUCUACUCUCUCCUUUUGCACAUAAGAGAUACAAUGCUCCUGCUGAUUUUUCAAGCAAAGAGAAGGAAAGUAUUUCUAUUGCAAUAUGUAAAUGCUACUCUUUCAACACAGUAUUGAGAUCAUUAUGUAUCUAUCUAUUUUGCAUUUCUUGGGGUUCUUUUAGGUACAGGCCUUUCUGUUUUAUUUGGGUGAUUGGUUUAAUAUUUUAAGUUGGUCCCAGCAACAAGAUAGAUCUGACUUGUGAUAUAUUUGCAUCAUUUUCUUCUUUCUA